AAGAGGGUUGCUUAUCACUCGCAGAUGCUGGCGAAGAAGAUCUAGGAAGUGGAAGAUCUUCCUCCCAGCCCUCCCCCGUUUUCCCAGCAGCACCCCGGGCAAAGAGGUAAAAGAGCUGUUCUUUAGCACCGCGGAGUGAUCGGUGCGGGGGGAACUGUCCAUUUCAGCACCACCACGUUAAUGCAGUAGGUGGGAGCGGAACUAGGAAGGCAAGAGAGAAGGCGCGAGACACCGACGGGCAGUAUAUCCUGCAGCAAGCCUACUGGUCUCCCUUUAUCUUCAGAAGCUUUGCAGAGAGGGGGGAGGAAGGGAAAUCCGUCUUGAUUCUCCGGGAGAAACUCCCCCCUCCUCUGCCCAUUUUGCCACCACUAUCAACAUCACCACCAAUAACAACUGCUGCUCUGCCGCUGCCGUGGGGGGGACAAGCCAUGGAAGGCAAAACCUCAGCACCUGUUCAGCUGAAAUCAAGGGCUUACAAUAUCCUGACAAGUCUGGUUCGGUGGUAGAAAACGGGGAGAGAAAGAAAGAAUCGGAACAAAAGCAAGCAAGCCAGCAAGCCAACAAAACCCACAAAAAACCCCAAGGAAGAUAACUGGGGAGGAAAGAGAUUUUUUCAUGGCGCAAGCUGCAGAGCUAAGCAAGAAGACUGAAGGUUGCAUCUCUGCUUUUACAGUCUCUAACUGUCUAGGUCCAGAUAAUGAGAGAGUGUGUUGAGGAUGCUUUUUCUGUUGCCGGUUCUGCUGCUCCUGCUCCCCCGUUCACUGUGGAAGCCAUCUCCAAAUUAGCCAUUACAUAUGGAAACUGGAGACCAGAAUUUUAGAAAAAGGGAUUAAGGCAUCUCAUUUUUGGGGGGGUUAUCUAUUUUUCCUUUAUUUUAUUUUUUUAUAUAUAUAGAUAGAUAUACAUACAUAUAUAUAAAAUAUUAAGAGCCGGAACGUUCCUCUUUUACAAGGCAAGCCUCUUCCCCUGUGAUUUUUUUCCCCAUUUACACUGAUUCCGUGGGCUUUCUUACCUCCCUUUUUUAUACAUAGAUUUCUCUCUAGUGAUCUCGAAUAGAUACCCAUUAUAUUAUUCUUAUUAUUAGAGGAAAUAUUAUUUUAUUUUAUUAUUAACAUACAAACACAUACACAGCCCAAGAAUCAGAAGGCGGUUGGGUAUUUGUAUAAUGAAGAAUUAUGGGGCUCUUUGACAGAGGUGUUCAGAUGCUUUUAACCACCGUUGGUGCUUUCGCUGCCUUCAGCCUCAUGACCAUAGCUGUGGGGACCGAUUACUGGCUUUACUCCAGAGGGGUUUGCAAGACGAAAGGUACCAGUGAGAACGAAACCAGCAAAAAGAACGAAGAAGUCAUGACCCAUUCUGGAUUAUGGAGAACCUGCUGCCUAGAAGGAAAUUCUAAGGGUAUGUGUAAGCAAAUCGAUCACUUCCUCGAGGACACAGAGUAUGAAGCCGACACAGCAGAAUAUUUCCUCCGGGCUGUCAGGGCCUCUAGUAUUUUCCCGAUCCUGAGUGUGAUUCUGCUUUUCAUGGGUGGACUCUGCAUUGCAGCCAGCGAGUUCUACAAAACCCGACAUAACAUCAUCCUUAGUGCCGGCAUUUUCUUCGUGUCUGCAGGUCUGAGUAAUAUAAUUGGCAUCAUUGUGUACAUAUCAGCCAAUGCUGGAGACCCCUCGAAAAGCGACUCCAAGAAGAACAGUUACUCUUAUGGUUGGUCCUUCUACUUCGGGGCCCUGUCCUUCAUUAUAGCCGAGAUGGUGGGAGUGCUGGCCGUACACAUGUUUAUUGACCGGCACAAACAGCUGCGUGCCAAUGCUCAUGCCACGGACUACCUCCAGUCCUCUGCCAUUACCCGCAUACCCAGCUACCGCUACCGCUAUCAGAGACGCAGUCGCUCCAGUUCCCGUUCCACCGAGCCUUCACACUCCAGGGAUGCCUCUCCCGUCGGGAUCAAAGGGUUCAACACCCUCCCAUCAACGGAGAUCUCGAUGUAUACCCUGACCAGGGACCCCCUGAAGGCUGCUACUACCCCUACCGCCACCUACAAUUCAGACAGGGAUAACAGCUUCCUCCAGGUUCACAAUUGUAUCCAGAAAGAAAACAAGGACUCUAUCCACACUAACACAGCCAACCGCCGGACCACCCCCGUAUGAAGCCGUCGAGAGGGGCUGAAAAUGGGGGACAGGAAAGGUGGGAGUGGGAAUUGGGUGCAGGAUGGGAGGGAGCAGUAGGGGAGGGCAGGGGGGGAGAGGAGAAAGCAACCAUGGGGAAACCUUCCAAAAGCAAAAAAAAACAAACAAACAAACUUAAGUGAAACAUCCGAAAAGAAACAACAAAAAGUUUUAAAAAAUGGAAAAAGAAAAAAAAAAGAAAACACUUUAAAAAAAUCAAGAGAAAGAAAUUUAAAAAUAUAAAAAAUAGAAAAUAAAUUUAAAAGAAAAUGCAUGAUUUCCCAUGUACCAUUAUUUUAAUAUUUAAUAAAAACAGAUUUAAAAAAGGAACCGAGAAAUUUAAAAAAAAAAAUUAUAAAACCAAGCGGGAAGAGGAGGCAGCUCUUUGGAUUCUUUUUGGGUUUGGUUUUGGUUUUGUUUUUUGGGUUUUUUUGUUUUUGUUUUUAGUUUGUAUUCUGUUCACUUUUAACCCACUGUGGACUCACAUGUUCCUAAGGAUCUCCAGGGGCAAUGGUAGUAAAAUGCAGUGAUUUCAGUGUCCUUAGGGAUGCCUUUGUUUUCACGUGCAUUGUGGCCUGCCUAAACUCACCACACCCCCUGGAGGGACUGGUGAUUCAACAUGUUGUUGCUGAUCCGCAGGGCUUAAUAGUGACCUUCCUGUCCUUGGGGAUUCCGGGGAUUAUGCUAAUUUGCUGAUCUCCAGGUCUCAGGAAGUUAAGGCUGAUCAGUUCAGCCUCACUAGCCUGUGACUAUCCUGAGGUUAACAGUGACAUUGCAAAAAAAAAAAAAAAGCUUCAUAAAAAAGUGGCAAUUUUUUAAUAAAAGAAAA